AUGGGAAGAUCACCUUGCUGCGAUGAGAGUGGGCUCAAGAAGGGGCCAUGGACACCGGAGGAGGACGAGAAGCUGCUCCAGUACAUCCAGAAGAACGGCCAUGGCAGCUGGAGGACCCUGCCGAGGCUUGCAGGUUUGAAUAGGUGUGGGAAGAGCUGCAGGCUGAGAUGGACGAACUACCUGAGGCCGGACAUCAAGAGGGGCAAGUUCUCGCAGGAGGAGGAGCAGACCAUCCUCCACCUCCACUCCAUCCUCGGCAACAAGUGGUCGGCGAUCGCGACGCACCUGCCGGGGAGGACGGACAACGAGAUCAAGAACUUCUGGAACACGCACCUCAAGAAGCGCCUCAUACAGAUGGGCUUCGACCCCAUGACGCACCGCCCGCGGACCGACUUCUUCGCCGCGCUGCCGCAGCUCAUCGCGCUGGCGAGCCUCCGGGACCAGCUCGCCGCGGCCGCCUCCGGCGACCCGGCGGCGGUGCAGAUGCAGGGCGCCGGGGUCGGGGCCGACGUGGCCAUCCAGGCGGCCAAGAUGCAGUACCUGCAGUGCCUCCUCCAGUCGGCCGCCACCACCAUCGCCUCGGCCGGCUCCGGCGGCUCCACGUCCUCGGGCGCCAUCUCCGCGCACGACGCCGACGCGGCUCUCGCCGCCACCGCCGCCCUCUCGUCGCCGCCUGGCAACUCCUCCGUCCCGACGCCGACAGCCAUGGGCCACUCCGGUGGCCAGGUACCAUGCACGUUUCCCGAGGCGCCGGUGAUCACGAGCGACGUGGAGGCCAACCUAAGGCUCCUCGGCGCCGACGGGUUCACGUGCCACGGUGGCUCGCUGCCGCCGCUCGCCGAUCUCUCCGACGUGACGAACCCCGUGGCGGACUGGUGCAGUGCGACGGCGGCGUCGUCCAGCUGCGGCGGCGGCGGCGCGAGCAGCCCUUUCCCGUGGCCGGAGUUCUUCCCCGACGACCCCUUCGUCACUGAUUUCCUAUGACGUCAUAAUAAAUACCAUUAUAACGAAUGAACGUAUAUAUAUACAUAUACGUACACCAUAUAUAUACGUACGCUGAUCUAUCUCUGAACCUUUGUAAGAUCUAUGCAUAUACAACGUACGUCCUACGUAUGCAUGUAUAAAAAGACGUAUUUUUUGUGAGGAUCACACCUGCAACUUUCUCUUUGAAGAUUAAAAAUUAGAAGCUUGGAAUAGCUAGGCUGAUUUACAGUUGUUUAAUAUCCAGCUCAGCAAUAAGA